AAUGUACCACGUGGGUUGUUAGAUAGAAUGAAAUUGGCAAAGCUAUUCAACUCGCUCUGCGGUGCUAGGAUCAAAAAUGUUUGGUUUGUGUAUGAUUAUGGUGAGAUACAAACAUUGUACCAAAAGGAGCAAAAGAUUGCUGACAGAUUGGAGUACUUACUCACUGCUCAUAUCACAUCAAGAUUCUUUGAGCAAGACAACUCAGCGUUGAUCAACGACAACACUCAAUACAAGACAAAUUUCUGGAAGUUUGUCUGGUAUAAUUGGAAGUUUGUCAAGUUGGAUUUCACCAAUGGAUGGUCCAGGCCAAGAAUCAAGUUCUGUUCCAUGAUGACGAAGUUGAAGCUCACAGAGAAUGAUUAUAAGAUUAAUCAUAACUUGUUGGCACAAACGAAGUUGCGAUUGAUUGCUAAAGAGAAGAGUCCUUUGACUGAUCAUAAGUAUAACAAGGUGUUUAUUCAAUUCAAAGAUCCAUUCCACCUUGAGAUCCUUAACCAGAUUCAACUCUCUGGUACGAUCAACGAGCUUGAUAAAACCUUGAUAUACAUCAAUCCUAAGGACAUGAUUUGGGACAAUCUCGCAGUUCAGAGUAACUUCUUGUGUUUUGCAAGGACAUUGGUAGGGAAUGUUCUCACGUUCUGUGUCAUUAUUGGAUGGGUGAUACCCGUGGCAUUCAUAGGUCUCAUAUCUCAAAUGCCCUAUAUGACAGCAUUGAUUCCAUUUCUCUCCUGGUUGAAUUACCUUCCCACGUAUGUCACAGAUGUCAUUUCAAAUUUCGCUUCAGUAAUACUCUUGAUGUCUUUAGCAGAGUUGGUGCCUCAUAUAUUUCGAUGGAUCAGCUUCAUAAAAUGCAAGAGAACAGGCGCAGAAGUUGAGCUUGACGUACAGAAGGUGAUGUUCAUAUUUCUCUUCAUUCACCUUUUCUUGAUCGUUACAAUUUCAUCAGGGUUUACCGUCAUUGUUGAAGGGUUAGUCAAUAAUCCAGUCUCAAUUCCAAACAUCCUUGCUACGAAUUUCCCCAAAUGCUCCAAUUUCUUCUUCUCUUAUGUGAUCAUUCGAGGGUUAUCGUACUUUGGGAACAAUCUUCUUCAAGUGUAUCAACUCUUUUGUAACGUCUUUGUUUACCCAUACAUUGAUUUCACUCCUCGUCAAAAGUUCAACAGGAUUUCGUCACCACCACACUACAGAUGGGGAUCUGUAUACCCAACCUUUGCUGUUUUGGGAUCAAUUGGCUUGGUUUAUUGUAUUCUUUCGCCGUUGAUUCUUGUAUUUUGUAUAGUUACAUUCCUGUUGGUGCUCUUUUCAUUCAAAUAUACAUUGAGGUACCAAUACAGCAUGGAGAACGUGUCUGAAAACUAUGGCCAACACUUCCCAACAGCACUUUUCCAAUUGUACUCGGGGGUAUACUUCAUGGAGGUUUGUUUAAUAGGUUUAUUUGCACUUUCAAGAGAUGAGAAUGGCAUGGCCAAUUGCCUUUGUCUCUCACUAUUGACAUGCUUCUUGCUUGUUGCCACAGCUGCUGCUCAUCACCAGAUUAAACAAGUAUAUGGCCGACUAUUGGCAAAGAAUACACCUUUAAAUAUGAGCCGUGAUGCGUCAACCUUUGAUGAACUUGAAUCUCGCUCUUCUGAGUUGAACCUGCACAUGUACAACGACACAUUUUACCGACAGUGCUUCCAACACAAUCAAAGGGUCAUAUGGGUGCCCAAAGAUUGUUAUAAUGUCAGUUCUGAUGAAGUUAUUGGGCUCUGUCAACGAGGCGUGGAAACCUCCAAUGCAUCGUGUGAAUUGACUACCAAUGGCGAUAUUCUCGUGUUCAGCAAUCCCCCAGAUUACACCAUCUUGUAACAUCGAAUGAUCAUGAUCUCUCGUUUUAUUCUCAAUCUUGUAUAUCCGAAUCUGUAGGUGUUGAAGUAGUUGGCUUUAUGCUUGAUGUAGUUGUUGAUUGUACUGGUGUUGCCUGGGACGUAGUCUGUGGAACAGUUGCCGUAGUAUUAACGGUAGCAGCAGUAGUAGCAGCAGUAGUAGCAGCAGUAGUAGCAGUAGCAGUAGUAGCAGUAGCAGCAGCAGGCGUAGUUUGCUGUCUAACGUUUUUACUUCUUGGCCACAUA